AAAAAAAAAUUUCAACUUCAAAAAACUCACCGUGCCUCUUACUUAAUACCUUGGAUUGUCUACUUUGCAAAAAAGGGGUCUGUCCUGACAUUUGGGGGAUAUCUGUACUGUCCUGACAUUUGGGGGAUAUCUGUACUGUCCUGACAUUUGGGGUAUAUCUGUACCAUCCUGACAUUUGGGGGAUAUCUGUACCAUCCUGACAUUUGGGGGAUAUCUGUACUGUCCUGACAUUUGGGGGGAUAUCUGUCCUGUCUUGACAUUUGGGGGAUAUCUGUCCUGUCCUGACAUUUGGGGGA